AUGCCGCGUGCCGGCUCCGCCGCCCAGGCCGCCGCCCCCGCCGCCCCCGCCGCCGCCGCUGCCGCCGGCGCCAACAAUCGAUACCCGGGCGGCGGCGCCAGCCCGUCAGCGCGCUGGCUGCCCACGCGGCGCGUAGGCGGAACGGCGCGGCUCGGCGCCCACCCGGUUGCAAAUUUCCCUGUCCUGCCCUCUCGUAAAGCCCGGUCUCCGUCUCCCGGCGUUUGGCGAAAUCUCGACUCGCAAAGUGCGAGCUCGAGGGCGGGCACGUUAUGUUCCAGGGGUCCGGCGGGCGCCUCCGUCAGGGGAGGCCACCGAGCCAGGGUUGCCCUCUGGAAUGGUGAAAUGCGUGUGGAGAGAAAUGGGAGCGGGCCGUGUCGAGUGACGGCAGCAGGAUCUCUGCGAACAGCGAGGCACCGUUACUCGCGGGGAAGCGACGCGGAGCUGCGCCGGCCGAGCUGUGCCGUGGCGCGCUGCGCCGCGCUCGGUGCUGGCGGGUCCCCCGCCUCCGCACUUCCCCGCCGCCGGUGCCCUCCCUCGCGCCGUGCCAGGCAGCCCCACACUCCCGGCCGGCUGGGGACGAGCCUAGCGGCGAUCAAUGGCGGCGAACUAGCGAGCGGCGGAGCGGCCCCAGCAGUACCGACAGAGCAGCAGCGCCAGAAAAACAGCGGGCGGGAGAGGACGAGGACGAAGCAGAGAGAACAGUCGAGCAGCGGCAGCCGCUGCGGCGUGGCGUGGCGCGGUGCGCUCGCACGGGCAGAGCCGCGCCGCGCGGCGCAAAAAGAGAACGAGAAUAAACGGGGCUAA